UCAUCACCAUUUUUGGAAACAAAGGCCAGUGUCAGCCUUCUGGAGGCAGGAGCGUGUCAGAGGUGGCAAGAAGAGGUCAAGUGUUCAGAGGCCCUGCUAUUUCCUGUGUUGAUCUGCUUCCUUUCCUCUGAGAAGUGGUCAGUGUCGCUUCUGUGGCAGAGCUGAGCUUGGUGCUAGGAGAAGCCCUCGCUCAUUCUCAAUCCCUCCCACUGCCACUGAAGAGAGCCUCAAGUGAAUCUUUCCAAAUGGAAGAUGAAGAAAGCAGCAUGGCUCUUAACUUCCAGUCAACAGCAAGAGGGCAAAAGAAAAACAAUCCCAGUCCGCCAGUGCAAGAGACUCUGGUGAAGCAACCCCGCAGGCAUCAGAUCACUGCAAGAAUUGGAUGCGCUGUGAUGUUCCUUCUAAUUGGAGCUCUGAUAGCACACCGGAUUUGGGCUUUUCAGAUGCGGCAACCUAUGGAUGCUACGAAGAAAACCAAUGUCUCCCAGGAACCCACUACCAAUGGAACAGAAAAUGAUUCUGGCGUGAAGAUCUUUGUGUCUCACUUGUGGCAGUUUUUGUGUCAGCCACAUUACACUGGCUUAGCAGACAAUGCCACAUGCAAACUCUGUCCUGAAAACUGGUUGCUGUAUGAGGACAAAUGCUACUGGAUUUCAAAAGAAAAAGGAAGCUGGAAGAAGGGCAAGGAAGACUGCACAGCAAGAUCAUCUCGGCUGCUAGUGCUGCAGAAGCAGGAAGACACGGCUUUUAUCCAGGAUAUUAAUGAAGACAUGCAACUGCUGUGGAUUGGACUACAAGCUACAUUCGCUGAACAAAAAUGGACAUGGGUGGAUGGAUCCCCAUUAGAUGACAAACUAUCAGAAGAACUGGGCCCUGUCGAAAUAAACAGCUGUGGGAUGUUGAAUGGGAAUAAAAUUAUUUCUGAAGCCUGCAGCCAUGUAACCACAUGGGUCUGUGAGACUGAAGCCCUCAAUAUAAACAAUGACAAAAUGUAAAGGACAGAACACUGUCUUGGUUUUGCCAGGAGUGAUGACUGAACACUGUGACAGAGGCAAAACACAAAUGCCUCUG